ACCGGCAGGCGGGGCGGGCUCAGGGCUCAGAGCUGUUCAGCAGCCACAGCAGGUGGGUCGGAGUCCUGCGGAAACAGACUCAGGCCCCAGAGGAGGUACCUGGGGACAAGGUGCUAGCAGCUGGCUUGGUGCUCUUCUCAGCUGCCACAAUGGCCUCAGGGCUGGCGCGCUUCUGUCAGAAGCUGAAACGGCGGAAGCCGCUGGAGGAGGCCACCAUGGAGACGUUGCUACAGCGCUGCCUGUCCACGCUGGACCUGACCAUGCUGGGAGUGGGGGCCAUGGUGGGCUCGGGCCUCUAUGUGCUCACCGGCACUGUGGCCAAGGAGAUAAGCGGCCCUGCUGUGAUCGUGUCCUUUGGUGUGGCUGCCGUGGUCUCCCUGAUGGCAGCCCUGUGCUACGCAGAAUUCGGGGCCCGCGUGCCCCGCACAGGCUCAGCCUACCUGUUCACCUAUGUGUCCAUGGGUGAGCUGUGGGCCUUCCUCAUCGGCUGGGACUUGGUGCUUGAGUAUCUCAUUGGUGGCGCUGCGGUGGCCCGUGCCUGGAGUGGCUACCUGGAUGCCAUGUUCAACCACCGCAUCCGCAACUUCACCGAGGCCCAUGUGGGCGUCUGGCAGGUGCCCUUCCUGGCCGGGUAUCCAGACUUCUUGGCUGCUGGCAUCCUGCUCUUGGUCUCCAUCUUUGUCUCCUGUGGAGCCCGCAUCUCCUCCUGGCUCAACCACACCUUAUCUGCCAUCAACAUGACCGUCAUCCUCUUCACCAUCAUCCUGGGAUUCAUCCUGGCCCGCCCGCAAAACUGGGGCAAGCAGGAGGGUGGCUUUGCACCCUUUGGCUUCUCUGGCAUCUUGGCCGGCACUGCAACCUGCUUCUAUGCCUUCGUGGGCUUCGAUGUCAUCGCUGCCUCCAGCGAGGAGGCCCGGAACCCGAAGCGAGCCGUGCCUGUGGCCAUCACUGUCUCGCUGGGCCUGGCAGCCAGUGCCUACAUCCUGGUCUCCACUGUGCUCACCCUCAUGGUGCCCUGGCACCACUUGGCCCCUGACUCGGCACUUGCCGACGCCUUCUACGAGCGGGGCUAUGGCUGGGCUGGCUACAUCGUGGCGAUUGGUUCCAUCUGCUCCAUGAACACGGUCCUGCUCGGUAUCCUCUUUUCCCUGCCACGCAUCAUCUACGCCAUGGCUACAGAUGGGCUCUUCUUCCAGGCGUUUGCCUACGUGCACCCCAGGACACAGGUGCCUGUAGUGGGCAUCAUGGUGUUCGGGGCCCUCACAGCUUUUGUGGCACUGCUGCUGGACCUCGAAGCACUGGUCCAGUUCCUGUCCAUUGGCACCCUACUGGCCUACACCUUCGUGGCCAUCAGCGUCAUCGUGCUCCGCUUCCAGAAAGCCCCUGCAUCCAGUCCCACCAGCCCAGAAAGCUCUGUCCCUGCGGCCAAGGAGUACAACUCCUUCUCAGACCACAUAGAGCUGGUGGGCACUGAGCAGGGCCCAGCCCCUGAGCCUGGGCAGCUGCGGCCAGCCCUGAGGCCCUACCUGGGCUGCCUGGAUAGGUGCUGCCCUGGGACAGCCGUGGCUUGGGCAAUCGGGGUCCUGGUGGUCUCGGGCGCCAUCCUGGCCUGCACACUGACCAUCGGGAACUCAGUCCUGAAGCUCCCUCACUGGGGCUCUGUCCUGCUGCUCCUGCUCAGCGGCGGCAUGUUUCUGCUCAGUCUUAUUGUCCUGGGGGCCUACCAGCAGCAACGCCAGCAGGACAUCUUCCAGAUCCCCAUGGUGCCACUGAUUCCAGCAGUGAGCAUCUUCCUCAACAUCUGCCUCAUGCUGAAGCUGAGCAUCCUGACCUGGUUGCGCUUCUUCAUCUGGCUGGUGAUCGGACUUACAGUGUAUUUCGGGUACGGCAUGCGGCACAGCAAGGAGAACCAGCGGGAGCUGCCAGGGCUGACCAUCACACGCUAUGUGGUCUACCCCAGCGGCAGCUCACUGGAGGAGACAGUGCAGGCUGUGCAGCCCCCCAGCCAGGCACCAGCCCAGGAGUCUGGCCACUUGGAGCAGCCCUCCAGUCCAUGAGGACUGCUGGGGGCCUGCCCUCCACCUUGGGAGGCCCGCCUUCUGUCCAGGCCAGCUCUGGUUCAGGUCUGCUCACACCAGGGGGUCCUUGGGGCUGCAGUGGGGGUGGCCAGCACUGGUGUGGUAGACUCUUUGCCUGGUGCCUUCCAGUUCACGACCCACUCCAGCAGCCUGGGCAGGUGGGGUGGGGUUGGGGGGUAGAUGAGGCCCCAGCCCCAGGGAUACACAAUAAUAACUGCCCAGCCAGCCA